AUGAGGAACUUGACAGUUAGCAGUCAUGUCAUUGCUGACUUACGGGACCAGUUUAUUCCUUCAGGACUACCUGACAACGUUAGUUGCUGCUUGGACCCAAUAAAUGACAAUUUAUUUGUAGUGGAUGCAAAUAAUAUUUAUUUAAUCUGUAAAAAUGAAAUGGGAUUUGAAGUACUCAAAAAAACAGGUAUUAAUGACAACACUGAAGCUAAGCCAGUUGGAAUCCAAUACUGGAGUGACAACGAGACUCUUUACUGCGCUUACGACAACGGUGACCUGAUAAAAGUAUCUCCCAAUGAGCCUUUUGACCACCAAGUCGCUGCUCAUAUCGACGGCGGUAUAGAGUGCAUACAACUCAGUCCGGACCAAGAAAUUCUCGUUUUGGUGACCAAGACUCACCAAGUUUAUACCAUGAUCUCCAGUUUGCAAGUGAUGUCAGAAGCAGAUUUGACUGCUGAGGAGUUUGGAGACAAGCAGUUUGUAACUGUAGGGUGGGGGAAGAAAGAAACUCAAUUUCAUGGGUCUGAAGGUAAGGCUGCGGCUGUAGCCAAAGCUCUUAUCAUCGGCAAGACUGAUAAAGACACCAAAAAAUCAUCUAUAACUUGGCGAGGAGACGGAACUUUAUUCGCAGUGAGUUUUUUUCACGAGAAAGUCGACGUGAGAUUAUUCAAAAUCUUCAACCGGGAGGGAGUGCUUCAGUACACGAGCGAGCUGACUCACAGGCUGGAGGAAUUUAUUGCCUGGAAGCCGUCAGGAAAUUACAUUGCAGCGACGCAGAGGCUGGAGGAUAAAUACGUGGUGGGUUUGUUUGAAAAAAAUGGACUCAAGCAUCGAGAGUUCACUCUGCCGUUCAGCCCUACGGAAGUUGACGUUAAAAGUCUACUCUGGAGUCCAGACUCGGAGAUUCUCGUGGUAGAAUGCAAGAGUUUGAUUCCUGAUGGUUCUUGCAACCAGUACCUACAAUUGUGGACGGUUAAUAAUUACCAUUGGUACUUGAAGCAGAGCAUUGGCUUCAGUGAUGAUGAUCCGCUGAUUUACUACACCUGGAGCUCGGCACCACGUGCUCGCAAACGCUUAAUAACGAUGACGAGGCUUAAGUGUGUGAUUUACUCGUUCAGGUGGACGAUUAAUCACAGCCGCGGGAUGAGCGACACCGAUAAAAGUGUCGUCGGUGUUAUUGACGGUGACAAACUAUUGGUAACUGGGUUCAGAGUGGGCAUCGUGCCACCACCCAUGUCCCACAAGUCUGUGGAAGUUGAUUGCGCUAUUAAUGAAUGUAUCUUUGCUUACUCUUGUCAUAAUGACAGUGACACUGACUCUUGGAUUGAUUCCAAUUCAUUUUUCUUGCUGUUACAAAAUAAUAAACUGGCGCUAUGUUUGUUUAUUCGGGACGAGUUUCCGCUCGAGUACCAAUAUGUUAGAUCAUACAAAAUUGAAUGGGAUGAAGAAGCUGCACCCCUAGAAUUGAAAAUAGAAGAAAUAAAUUAUUCACUACAUCAUUUUCUAUGGCUGAAAGACAAUACAAUGUUGUGUUCAUUUUCACACGGAGAUCAUUGUUAUUUAUGCGUUCUUGAAUUAGUAAACGUUCAUAAAGAUCAAGAUGAUGGGCGGAUAAUAAUUAGAGAGGCAUUGAUGAUGCACGAACACAUCCAGCACAUCGUGGCAUCGCCAGGUGACGUGAAUGACACAGCUUACCUGGUGGUGGGCAAUCAAGUGCUAAAAUACAUUCACGGCGAAGGUGCUGUGCCGACAGAAAUAAUUAUCCCGGAAUCUUGUGAUCAAGUGGAGGUCGUGGAGAUCGAGAAACGUCAUGUCAUCGUCAUGCUUGGUUGUACAAACCGUCUGUAUGUUGACGGCACAGAAGUCGCUAACAACAUCAACAGUAUUUGCAUUCACUCGGAUUUUCUUUUACUUACGACUCUGCAACACGCGUUGGUUUGUGUCGUCAUGAAUGCUGAUGGAUUUAGUAAACUUUCCAUGUCUAAUUUGUCUCUCAAGUCAUGGGGAACUGGACAAACUGAACAUACUACUGGAGACUCGCGUGCGAUUCUCCAAAUGAAACGCGGAAAUUUAGAAACCAUCCAACCGCGACCUUUAAACUUACACAUAAUAAAAAGCCACUUAAGCUGCCUUAAUUACUUCACGGCAUUCGACAUAAUGCGCAAACAGCGAAUAAACCUGAACCUGAUUUACGAUCACAACCCUCGAAUGUUCGUAGAAAACGCUGAAAAAUUUAUCGACGAAAUAAAAAACCCCUGCUGGCUGAACCUUUUUAUCUCCGAGCUCCAUGAGGAAGACGUCACAGAAACGCUAUACAGUUCUUGUUACACUGACCAAGAAAACGAGUCGAGAAAAUCUGAAUUCGACAUUCCAGAGGAAGGAAAAGUCGAGAAAAUUUGCCAGUUAUUAAGAAGCAUUAUGGAAAAAAAAUCCGAGACUCGCAAUCUUAUCCAGCCAAUUUUAACCUGUCUUGUAAAAAACAAGCACACUCCAGGAUUAGAAGCAGCUUUGCGUAAAAUUAAGGAGUUUAGGUCCAAAGAAGGAACUUCUUCUUCUUCUCGCCAAUCUGCAGAAGAAGCUUUAAAAUAUCUACUGUACCUAGUAGACGUUGAAGUGCUCUACGACAUUGCUCUAGGAAUGUAUGACCUCGAGCUGGCUAAAUUCGUAGCUUCUAAAUCUUUUAAAGACCCCAAAGAAUAUUUACCGUAUUUAAACGGGCUUGCUAAUUUAGAAGAAAAUUAUCGCAAGUUUAAAAUUGAUAAAGAUCUAAAGCGAUACGAGUCUGCGUUAGAUAAUAUUGCGAAGCGUUUGGAUAAAUUUGACGAGUGUAUUGAUUUAAUUUGUAAUUACGAUCUCUUUGCAAAGGCAAUUAAAUUGUUUCCGAAGGAUGGAAAGGAGUACAAGGAAAUUGCGAGAAUUUAUGCAGAAAAUUUGAUGAGAAAUAAACGGUACCGCGAAGCUGGGUUGAUGUUCCAACGAAGCGGAGAGUUGGAGCGCGCUUUGCAGGUCCACAAGACAGCUGGUAGUUGGCAAGACGCCAUUAUAGUGUCCACUAAAAUGAAGAUGAGUCCUGGGGAGCUAAAUGUUCUCUACCAAGAUCUUGUCACGCAGCUGCGCGAGGACAAGAGGUUCCGCGAGGCAGCUGAGAUAUGUCUGACAUACCUAAACCAUGUUGAAGAAGCUGUGUCACUUUUGAGCGAAGGUAAAGAGUGGAGAGACGCAUUGAGAAUUGCUCACUCGUUUAAAAGGCUUGAUUUGAUUGAGACACAUGUCCAGCCCGGCUCUCAUGAGCAUGCAAUAGAGAUUUAUUUUAGAAUUAACAAAAAUAAGGAGGAUUUUUUGAAGCACAAGCGACGAUUGAUGAUCGUGAGGAAGGAAAAGGCGAAAAAGCAGGCGCUUAUGCUUGAAGCUCUGGAGGAAGAGCGCGGAAAUGCGGGGAGAGACUUCAGCGAUUUGCUCAGCGAGACCAGCAGUGUGGCUGGAUCUGCUGCAAGUGGCAGUUCCAGGAGCUCAAGGAGUUCAGGAAGAAGCUACAGGUCCGGGAAAAAUAAACGCAAGCAUGAGAGGAAGGUCUUGGAUAUCAAAGAAGGAAGCGCUUAUGAAGAUCUUGGGUUAAUUCGAGCGCUUCAUGUUAUUAUUACGAAUACUUACUUGCAACGUGAAGAGGUUCAAGCGGUUAAUAGAGUUCUUCUGCAGUUCUUCUUUGAUGAGCUCGCGGAGAAGUUGCAGAAUGCGCUGAAGGAUUUGCUGGGACUUAUUGAGAAGAGCAAGCAUGAGAUUUGGGUCAAGGUGGCUGAUGAUGAUAAUGAUCCGAAUAAAUUGCAGAGUUGUUUGUUGGAAGCUAAGUUCACUUAUCCUCCAGAAGCGGGAUCCAGCCAGUGGUCGCUUGAUUUGUUUCCACAGUCUUAUAAAAAUUUAACUUAG